UCACUCUGGAUGGCAGCGUUUGAAACUUUAUCCCAGAGCUGCUGGUCCCCACAUUUAAGUGACGUAGUGCUACUGAAGAACAGAUCAGGCACACCUACGGGUCAGGAUGUUAAUGAGACCAUUGGCUUUCGGUUGAGGCUGACAAAGACCAGGUGGAUACUUGGAGUUAAAAAGGGGAAAGGUGGCCAAGUAGAGAUGUUCUCUCUGCACCUUAUAGCUCUGGGCCUUUUCAUCCGUAGCCACCAGCUGCUCCGCUGAGACCUCAGACACAGCCGCCUCCCUCUUAUGGCCAGGGUAUCAUGGGCGGUCCUGCUGCUCUUCCUGCUGGUGGUCUACUCUCCAGGGGCUCCCUCCGUCCCCGUCCAGCACCUGUGCGGCUCCCACCUAGUGGACGCCCUCUACUUCAUAUGUGGAGAGCGAGGGUUUUACUACAAUCCAAAGCGAGCCAACAAGCGGGACCUGUCACAUUUGCUGGGGUUCCUCUCUAAACGGGGAAAACAAGAAGAGCGGCUGUGGAGGGUCGGGUCUGGCCACGAAGAGCCCAAGGUGAAGCGAGGCAUCGUGGAGCAGUGCUGCCAUAACCCAUGCAGCCUUCACCACCUGGAGGGCUACUGCGACUGACUCGCCGCUCCACAAGUAGCACCACUCAUAGCCUGUAAUAAGGUCCCGAAGUCAAUUUCUGGCCCGAUCCUUGUUGGCUAUGUCUUAUCAACUGAAGAAAAUAAAGCUUCAUGACCCAUAA